UGUAAUCUCUUCGGCAUGCGACCUGUUCGUGUCCCGGUGACCGUCAGUCCUUGGGUCGGAAACAACGUGUUUACACAUUUAACAAUGCGAUAAUUUACCAUUUUAAUGCAAACAUUUAAAGGGAAACGUGUAGAGCACUUGCAGUCCGAAAGUGUGCAUGGUGUUCCACGUUGAAGUUGUGCAAAAAUGCCUGCUGGAGUGUCAUGGACUCGUUACCUGAGGAUGUACGGAGCAUGUAUAUUGGCCAUGUUUGCCGGGGCACAGGCGGUCCACCAGUACUACCUACCAGACCUGAGUAUACCAGAGGUCCCCCCAAAACCUGGUGAGCUAAAGACAGAAUUACUGGGCUUCAAACUCAGAGAAGCAGCCGCACAGCAGCAGAUGAAAGAAGAACCCAAGACGAACUAAUCUGGAGAUAAUUUAUAAUGUCAGGACAAUGGACAAUAUACUUUAUUACAGUCAUCGGCGAGGUGGAGGAAGACGGUGCAUCAUCUCCUGCUCAUCGGAUAAGCAUUGUAGAAAAUUUAGUUCGUUUCAAAAUGUAAAUAAAAUACAAUAAAUAAA